CCCAACUGCAAAAUCCCCUCUCUCCCCUCAAACUUUCCUUUCACUUGGCAUUUCUUCUCUGAGGCAUUUUCACAAACACUUUCUAAAAGAAACGUUUCUUUUGCACAGCAAUGGCGAGACCGCAACAGCGAUAUCGAGGCGUCCGACAAAGGCAUUGGGGCUCUUGGGUCUCCGAGAUCCGCCACCCUUUAUUGAAGACUAGAAUUUGGCUGGGAACAUUCGAAACGGCGGAAGACGCGGCGAGAGCUUACGACGAAGCGGCGAGGCUAAUGUGCGGGCCAAGAGCAAGAACAAACUUCCCUUAUAACCCAAAUGCGUCUCAGUCCUCGGCCUCCAAACUUCUCUCGGCAACUUUGACAGCAAAACUGCACAGAUGCUACAUGGCUUCACUCCAAAUGACCAAAACUUCACUACAAGAGCCAAAAAAACCGAAAACUUUAGUGUCAUCAGGCGCGAAAAUGCCAGAGAUGAUCAGACCUGAAAUUCAGCAAGGAGGAGAGGAGAAUUGGGUUGUGAGGGAAGUUAAAGUAGAGAGCAGCAGCCAGCAGUUCAAGCCACUUGAAGAUGAUCACAUUGAGCAGAUGAUUGAAGAGUUACUGCAUUACGGGUCCAUUGAGUUAUGCUCUGUUGUGCCACCACAACCUACCUAAAGUGUACUUCUUUACUUGCCCGCCCGCUUCACUGGCUGUGGUUUCGCUGGAUAGUAGACAAGAACAGUGAAAAUCUCGUUAAUCCAUUCAUGAACGUUACUGAUUAGAACCAUUCCAAAAACUCGGACCGGAAGGCCUUAUAUUUAUUUCUCUGCCGAUGCAAACUCAUGCAGCAGAUUUAACCCAAUUUUCUCAAACUUGCUAGAAAUGGAAGUCCUCGGCUGCAUCAUUAGAUUUAGAACCCCAUUAGGACUACCUUCUAAGCAACCCAUUUGAUGAUGCUAUUUGUACAUUAUUGUUAUUAUUAAUUCUAUGCUUAAUUAUCCA